AACAAUCUUAAAAGCUUUUGGCAAUGGCUGCAUCUUUCUCUGGUCCUUCUAUGAUAAUGGAAGAAGAAGGGAGAUUCGAGGCCGAAGUAGCUGAGGUGCAAGCAUGGUGGAACUCAGAAAGGUUCAAGCUAACCAGGAGACCGUACACUGCAAGAGAUGUUGUAGCAUUGAGAGGCAAUCUUAAACAAAGCUAUGCCUCAAAUGAAUUGGCAAAGAAACUGUGGAGAACUCUGAAAACCCAUCAAGCAAAUGGCACCGCCUCAAGAACCUUUGGUGCCCUUGACCCUGUCCAAGUAACCAUGAUGGCUAAACACUUGGACAGCAUUUAUGUUUCUGGUUGGCAAUGUUCAUCAACUCACACUACCACCAAUGAGCCAGGUCCUGAUCUUGCUGAUUAUCCUUAUGACACUGUCCCCAACAAAGUUGAACAUCUAUUCUUUGCUCAGCAAUAUCAUGACAGGAAGCAAAGAGAGGCUAGAAUGAGCAUGAGCCGCGAGGAGAGGGCUAGAACCCCUUAUGUUGAUUAUCUUAAGCCAAUUAUUGCUGACGGGGAUACUGGAUUUGGCGGAACUACCGCUACCGUUAAGCUUUGUAAAUUGUUCGUUGAGCGUGGAGCGGCUGGUGUUCAUAUUGAGGAUCAGUCUUCUGUUACCAAGAAAUGUGGUCAUAUGGCAGGGAAAGUGCUUGUUGCUAUUAGUGAACAUAUUAAUAGACUUGUUGCAGCAAGGUUGCAGUUUGAUGUUAUGGGUGUGGAGACACUUUUGGUUGCAAGAACUGAUGCCGAGGCAGCUAAUUUAAUUCAAAGUAAUGUGGAUACUAGAGAUCAUCAGUUCAUUUUGGGUGUUACUAAUCCAAAUCUUAGAGGGAAAAGCUUGGCUACCCUUUUGGCAACUGGAAUGGCUAAUGGUAAAACAGGAGCUGAACUUCAAGCUAUUGAGGACAAUUGGCUAGCAAUGGCACAGCUUAAGACAUUUCCCGAAUGUGUAAUGGAUGCAAUUAAGAAUAUGAAUGCCGGAGAAGAUGAGAAGAGAAGGAGAAUGAAUGAAUGGAUGAAUCAUACUAGCUAUGACAAGUGCCUUUCUUAUGAGCAAGGAAGGGAGAUUGCUGAUAGAAUGGGGCUCAAGAAUCUCUUCUGGGAUUGGGAUUUGCCAAGAACAAGGGAAGGGUUUUAUAGAUUUAAAGGUUCUGUUAUGGCUGCUGUUGUUCGCGGCAGGGCUUUUGCUCCUCAUGCUGAUAUUAUCUGGAUGGAGACUGCAAAGCCAGACUUCGCUGAAUGCACCGCAUUUGCAGAAGGGGUGAAAUCCAUGCACCCAGAAAUCAUGUUAGCUUAUAAUCUUUCACCAUCUUUCAACUGGGAUGCAUCAGGAAUGACCGAUGAACAAAUGAGAGAUUUCAUUCCCAGGAUAGCCAGGUUGGGAUUCUGUUGGCAGUUUAUAACACUGGGAGGUUUCCAUGCUGAUGCCCUCGUGAUUGAUACGUUUGCAAAAGACUAUGCCAGGAGGGGAAUGCUGGCAUAUGUGGAGAGGAUCCAGAGAGAGGAAAGGAAAAAUGGGGUUGACACUCUUGCCCAUCAGAAAUGGUCCGGUGCUAACUAUUAUGAUAGGUACCUGAAAACAGUCCAGGGAGGUAUCUCUUCCACUGCUGCCAUGGGGAAAGGGGUGACCGAAGAGCAGUUCAAAGAGACAUGGACAAGGCCUGGGGCGAUGGAAAUGGGAAGUGCAGGGAGCGAGGUGGUUGCCAAGGCAAGGAUGUAGGAGAGCAUGGCAUUCGAGUAUAUGGUCAAGUAAAGCUCUUGCAAUUUGAGAUAUUAGCCAGUUCCCAUAUUUUGGAACUGGGGUCAAUAAUUUGUGGCAAUAAUUUAAUAGGCAAUUAGGCUGUACCAGGAUUUUGAAUUAUAGCCACCUCGUUCUUGUUUUUGGUACCUGCUGCUUUAGCUCUUCUCUAAAGCUUUUCUUAGAAAUGGAACCUAUUCUUUUUGUUUUCUGUAAUUCAGUUACUUUUCAUAUGCUUGAAUAUAAUUCAAUUGUUUGUUUGUU